AAAAAGAGCUGAUCGCCAAACGCACGCUCUUCCAACAGCAAGCCCAAUUAUUAGUGCAGGAUAUCGCCUUGUCGCGGACGCACUAAUUUAAGUAGCGGGCGGCGGCAAACAUCUUUGUGGCGAUGUCAACGGAUGCCCUGGACGAGAACGUCACUGGUGCAUCUUCUGCCGCUGCUGCAUCCGAGCAACAGGAAGAAAGAGGCGAGGGUGGGGCCAACAAUCGGCCUAAUAACAGCGGCGAAAAGUCGGCGAGGAAGAAGAGCGGCAUGACAUCAGCAGUCAAGGCCGGAAGGAGCCUCUCCACCUCAAAGCAGUCGGCUGCGGCAGCGGCGGCGGCCGCUUUCGGGGACAGCAGCGGCGAGGAGGAGGGCUCGGACUUGGAGCUGUCGGACACGGAGCGGCACUUCCUGACCAAAGGCGCUUUUCUGCUCACCCCGAGCAACGAGUUGACGCUCGAGAAGGCCGAGGCCAUUGUCGACAAGAUGAACUUCCGCGCGCCCUUCUCGCUGACCAAAACGGCCACCGGCAUUCUCUUCAAAUUCGCCGAACCAGACGACUGCGCCGCUGUUUACAAGAAGGGUUUCCACAAGGUGACUGGUGCACGAUUUUACAAGAAAAUUGUGAUUCCAUGUCGGCCGAUGCGGACCUAUGUCGUUUAUGCACUGGACGUCCCAGACAGCAUCCCAGUGGAAGACAUUCGCCAUGCUCUCUUCAAGCUCCAGUCAGUUGUUGAGGUGAGCCGCGUGGUCUCCUCCACACACUCCACCUCAGCACCGACCCUCGGCUCGUCGUCGACGUCUCUUUCCACCCCCGUUGGAGGCGUGGGGGCGGCUUCAAGUGCGGACAAGAGUGGCCCGUCGACGCCGCUAAUUCAAGUGUCCGCAGCCGCGACCGCCACCAACAACGCUGUGGCCGGCUACUGUCCGCUGGUGCGCAUCACUCUCGGCUCGCAGGAGGAGGCAAACGCGUUGCUGCAAAACGGCCUUGAUUUUUUCGGCGCCACUUUCUUCCCGACCGAAGCUGCUCGGCCCAUGAAAAAGACGUCGGUCUGUGGCAAAGCUGGAGUCAGCGGUGGAUUCUAUCCUGGCUCGGUGUUGUCCGAAACCUUCGGCGCCUUCGGAAGCAACAACGGAAUGAUGGGCACGCGGAUCAGAGAGCUGGUGCCCGUUUUUGACGCCUCCGGAUUUGCCAAAAUCGCAGCACCAGCCGAGAGGACGGUCAAACCACGAAAUUAAACCUAAAAGCAUUAAAUUUGUUUUCUUUUCGAAUUAAUUAUCAAAUCUUUUAGUAACCAGAUUUCUCGCUUUUGGUGCAAACCAAAUCUUCCAGCAUUUCUCUGUAUGAAAAUUUUAAAAUAAAACUUCUAUUUC